AUGGCUGUUGGACAGAAACUCCUCCGGGGAGCACUUACUGCCUCUUCUCGACUUCAGCACACCUCUCUCUCCAAACACGCCCUCACGAACCCAUCUCUAGCUGCUCCCUUUCGCUAUACUCCAUCACGGCUCUGCUCGUCAACAUCAACACUUCUCCCGCGAUCAAGAGUCCUCUCCGCAUCGUAUUUAGGUAGAAAGGCCUAUUCUACGACGCUCCGAGACCCCCACCCUCUCACAGACAACAACAGGUCUGCAACAUCCGAAACAGAGGCCCAGGCAGCUCAGGCUCGACGAGACCAGGAGCCAGCAUACCAGAUCCAUUUUACCUGCAAACCAUGCACGCAUAGGUCGUCGCAUCGCAUCUCGAAGCAUGGCUACCACAAGGGAACCGUCCUCAUAACGUGUCCGAGCUGCAGCAAUCGACAUGUCAUCAGCGAUCAUUUGAAGAUCUUCAUGGAUGAGCCUGUUACGCUGGAGGAACUGCUGGCUCAGAACGGCAUGAAGAUCACGAAGGGGACGAUGGAGGGAGAUAUGGAGUGGUGGGAUAAAGACGGCGGAAUGAUGGAUGCCAAUUCGGACUCUGCUACCACGCCUGAGCUGGCUCAGCCGAAGAGUGGCGAGAAUCAGGAGGGAAAGCCCUAG